AUGGGUAACAAAAGUAGUUCUGUUCAACAGCCUUUGGAUUCUUUUUCUCAUUGGAACGAUUUACCGCCCGAAUUGAAAUCUGCAUGUAUUAAGCACCUCGACUUCAAAACAAGACUCCUUCUACGGAGCACGUCCCGUGCAGAAAGAGCGCUCGUAGAUAGUCAAAAAUUCAAUCUUGAACAUGUUCAAAUUAAAGGACUUCUACCAUAUCCAGUAAAUGCACUCAUUCCAACUGGAUUCGAUGGACAAAAACUCACAAUUGUUCCAUCGAGCGAUGCAAAAACCGCAAUUGUAAUUCGCAUCCGAAACCUUACUCGAUUUUUCGAAACCGUUCUCCCACUUCUGGUUUUCAUUCUCACAAGAUCCGUCAUCAAUGAGUUUUCCGUCGAAGGUGUUGUUUUGAAAAACCCGGAACUGCUGUUUUUCGUCUCACGACUUGGUCCCAUUACAAAAUCAAUUUAUAUGGAUGGAAAUACAUGUAACAAGUUCCCAAUCGAAGAUCUAAUAAAUAACGAUAUUGUUACCAACGCUCGUAUGGUUCGUAUUCGUGACUUGACAUGCAAAGAUGCAGUUUGGAAAUUGGCGGAGAAGUGGAUCGAAAACGAUUCCGUGAUCGGCACAACAUUUCAAGUGACUUCUGUGCAUGGUCAUUCAAUUCCUCACUUUGUUCAAAAAUUCAGAGACCGAAUCAUUUUCGAAAAUCACGAAGAAGUUAGAAUCACAACGAACAACCCAUCGAAACAUAUUCUUCUGAAACUUGCUAGAAGAUGGAGAGUCUCCAGACCAUUAACUUGUGUUGUCAUUUCGUCGUAUAUGAAAAAAGAAGAAUACGAAUCUUUUGGGCAUUGGGUUUCCAAAAAAGUGAUGCCGAUCUGGGAAUACCUCUCAUUCGUGUUCACAGACGAUUUUCACGAAGAUGAUGGCCUCAAUUGUUAUAGUUUUAUCAUUUUAAUUUUUCACUGUCUUUGGCUCAUCAUUACGCUGAAUAAAACCUUAAAGGUUAACAAGUUUAUCAUUUUCUUGGAAGCGUUCUCGGAACAAAUUCCCGAAGUAAAUAAAAAAGACGAUGCGGCUUCAGACGAUAGAAAUACUCUCCUUGAAUAA